AAAUAGCGCAGAAACGAAAGUGAAAAUAAGAUGGGGGUGUGAUUUAACACUAUACAUUGACGUGCCGGUCAUUUCCUUAUUAUUGAUCAGACGUGUCAGGAUGGAGGAAUAUCCUUACCCGAUCGUUGUUGAGGGGAACUGGAAGCCUGAAAAUGCAAAAAGUUUAAAAAACAAACUCCAGAUUUACUUUCAAAGUAAGAAGAAAUCCCAUGGGGGAGACUGCGUCGUACAAAUCAAUGAAAACAGCAGCACUGCUACUGUUGGGUUUAAAUCAUCGGAGAUCCGAGAUGACGUCCUCUCUAAAACGGAUCACGUGAUAAUUGUUGACAAUGUCGAAUUCAAGUUACAAGUGAGCAAAUCCAGCAAUGCAUCGAAAGAGCCAGACAACAGCAUACAGCUGAAAGAUGAAGCAUCUGGAUACCAAGAACCCAUUCAAAGUGCACCUCCCACCGGAAGUGAUCCGGAUGUGAAGAACCCUGAAGAGUCAUUUGCUGUAGUUCUGGAAAAUGUUGCAGAUGACACUACAAAAAAUAUUUUAUCUCUUUUGGUGGAGUCUGUCAGUGGUCUUUCUGAAAAGGACUUUACCGUGGACUUAAUGCUUGAAUUAAACACAGCAGUCGUGACUUUUAAAAGCCCCAGUGCUGUAGGGAAGUUUCUUGAGGAGAGCAGGACACACAAAAAGUUCAAGGACUGUGGUCUGAAGGCCCGUGCCCUGGAGAGGAGCACAUGUAUAAGGGUGGAGAAUCUUCCAUCUGAUGCCAAUAAGGUGCUGCUGGAGUUGUAUUUUGAAAAAUGGGGGGGUCCGAUAGAAGAAAUCAUCACAUUGCCAAUGGAACAAGCGGCCAUUAUAACAUUUAAGAAUGUUGAAGACAAGGAAAAGAUAUUGAAGAAAAAGCAUAUCAUCAGUGAUGUUCCAGUCAAGAUCCAUCACUAUUAUAAAUCCUUGGGUACAGUAUUGUAUGGCAGCAACCCACCAACAUGGAAACUACCUAAACCUUUUAAAGUCAAUAUACAUUCUGCCAUCAGGGAGUUCCUUCUCAAAAAAAAGGUAAUUUCCUCUAUCAAUGAUAAGAUGAGCUCACAUUUCUGCAAAAUUAACAUAGACAAACCUAAAGUUCUGCUCAGUCCUGAUCCAGCAUUGCUGAAACAGAAAGGUUUAACCAGAAAACAUGUUGAUGGUUGGAGAAAGAAUGCAUCAGAUGUCUUUGAAAGCAUUAUAUCCAACUAUAAAGCAUUUGAGUUGCCAGUAUUGUACCCCUUGUGGACCAAAGUGGAGAAUGAAAUAAAGGAAGUGGUGAAAGAUUUGAUUUUUACACAUAUUGAUGCAUCUAAAGGGGUCCUAACAGUGGCAGGUUUGGCUCAUGAUGUAAAUGACCUGAGACCACUCCUGGAGAAAAUGUUAGAGCGAGCAUCAACUCAAACGGAGAGAGAGAGGAGCAGUGUCACAGAACACAUGGAGAUGACACCUGGCAUGUACUCCCUGCUUCUACAGGAUGGUCUGCAAACCGCUACAGCUGCUUCUCCACAACUGCGCCUUGAUUACAACAAAAAAAUUAACAAAUUACAUCUAUCAGGUGUUCAAACUGAAAUUCUCGCCUUCAAGAAUUGGGUACUUGAAAAGAAAUUAAUUAUGAAACAGACUCCUUUAAAGAUUGAUCGUUCAUUACUAGAGUUCUUGAGAUCGGUGGAUUGUGAUGAGAUGUCCAAAGACCUGUUUGUGUCUCAUGGAAUAAAAGCUGUAUACACGGUAGAAAAUAGAGAUCUUGUUUUGAUUGGAAGCACAGACCGAGCACUUUCUGAGGCGCAGGACAGGUUGAAUGUGGUUCUUGAAUCUAAAGACGUCAUUGUAGAAGAUCAGGGUGUGCUUGCGUUACCACAGUGGCAUGAUCUCUAUAAACAACUGCAAAGUUUGUAUAGCACAUCCAAAAAGAGGACAGUGUUGAUUAACACAACACAAAGAGACAGAAUAACAGUGUCUGGAUUUAAGGAACCAGUGUUGGAGAUCAGCCAGACAUUAGGAGACUUCAUUGAGAAACACACUAGAAUUGAAGAUGUUGUCCCUGUGAAGUCACAUGCAGUGGUUGAAUUCAUAAAAGAGCGAAAAUUGCAGGACUGGCAGCAUUUUUUAAAGUCUAAUAAGGUGACGGUGCGUUUCGAUUUAAAGAGACCCCAGAUCAAGUUCUUUGGAGAGGGAAUGUUUGUCAAGGAAGCUAUGACCUUUUUCAAAAAGAUGGCAAAUGCUCUCUAUGCUGACACACUGACCAUUAAAAAGGCAGGAGCAAAGAAAUACUUCAAGGAAGGUGGUCAACUAAUGCUGUCGUUGCUCAUGAAAGAAAACAAAUUUGUGGUUGUGCUUCAAGAAGAUCAUAUGAUGGAGGAGGAGAAUUCAAACAAAGGUAGUUUUGAAGAUUUUGUGGGGUCCUGUGAGGUUUGGAUGCCAGGUGGAGUAACCGUUAAAGUCAGAAAGGCAGACAUUUGCACGCUAAGAGUGGAUGCUGUGGUGAACGCAGCUAAUGAAGAUCUGCAGCACAUUGGUGGAUUAGCCCUGGCGCUUCUUCAAGCUGCUGGACCAGAUCUGCAGGAGUGCUGUAACAGGUACAUUAAAGUGAAUGGACCUCUGCGGCCCGGGGAUGCCAUCAUCACUGAGGCUGGUCGUCUUCCCUGUAAAUAUGUAGUGCAUGCUGUUGGACCUCGAUACAACAGUUCAGACAGACCUGGUGUAGUGCAACGUUUAAGAAGGGCUGUGAGGGAAAGUUUAAAUCUGGCUUCAGGCAAACACUGCUCUUCCAUUGCAAUUCCUGUUAUCAGCUCAGGGAUAUUUGGCUGUCCUCUCGAGCUGUGCACAGAUACAAUUGCCAGGGAGGUGCGGCAGUUCAUUAAUGAUCAGUACCGCAUUGGCUCACAAAGUAAGCUUAUUGAGUUUCACUUGGUUGACAGUAAUGGCACCACUGUGAAUGCCAUGGCUCAAGCUGUCGGAAAGUACUUUGCUGAUUUUAGACCCAAAAUGAAUGUCCCUUAUCAAAACAAGCCUAGUGGCCGUGGCAGUUAUGUACAAAGAGGUAGGGGCAAUCGUGGUCGUGGCCGAGGAUAUCACAAACAAAGAAGCCAAGAGUCUGGAAAUCACAAUUAUGAACCAAAACAACAAGACUUUGAAAGACAACCCCAAUGGAGAGAAGAAACCAACUUUUCUGGUGGCAGAUCAGAGUCGUUUGAUGGGUCGAGUGUUCUUGAAACCAAAACUACACAUAUCAGACUACAACUCUUUUUGAGAGAAGGGAACAUCCAGGAUGCAAAGACUGAUGUCAUUGUAAACACUAUAUCAGAAGACCUGGACCUCAGUAAAGGUGCCAUUUCCAAGGCGAUCCUUCAGGCUGCCGGUCAUCAACUCCAAAAAGAGAUCACUACAACUGUUCCUGCAGGCAGGCUGAAUUAUGGAAAGAUGGUCAUCACAGAUGGGUUUAACCUGAAAUGUAAAAGAGUCUUUCAUGUAGUUUGCCCAUUUUGGCAAGGUGGUCGUGCCUCAGAAGACAGGGUACUUGGUCAGAUCAUUAGAGAUUGUCUGAAAGAAGCAGAAGUUCUGCAGAUGACUUCAGUCUCCUUCCCAGCUAUUGGUACUGGAAUCCUUGGCUUUCCUAAGGAUCUGGUGGCUAGGACCAUACUGAGUGAAGUCCAGGAAUUCACCGCUAAAAACCUCAGAGAAAUAACAGUGAUUGUGCACCCAUCUGACAAACAAAGUUUAGAUUGCUUUACUGGAAUCUUCAGACAUUGGAUUCAGAGUCCCAUCACAAAAGGAGCACAUCAGCAUCUUAUGCCUGAAACAAAACCUUUUGAUAAGUCGGCACAGGCAUCUGGGGAUUUUGGCAAGGUCUCCACUCCCUCUCAUGGGGUGAUCACUAUGAAGAUGGGUCAAGUGACUCUGGAGAUUUCAUCAGGAGACAUAACUAAAGAAAAAACUGACGCAAUCGUCAACUCAUCAAAUCACAAAUUUUCUUUAAAAACAGGAGUAUCAAAGGCAAUUUUAGAUGCUGCUGGAUUACAAGUAGAACAGGAAUGUUUAAAGAUUGUUGCGAGUGGUGCACCACAUUUACAGCAAACAGAGAUUGUGACCUCAGCUGGGAAGCUCCCAUGUGGAAAAAUCAUCCAUAUCAUUGGUCGUAAUACACCUUCCGAAAUUAGAGACGUUGUUUUGUCUGUUCUGAAGAUAUGCGAGGCAAACCAACUGUCCUCUGUCGCCUUUCCGGCUCUUGGAACUGGUCAGGGUGGAGCAAAACCAGCUGAUGUUGCAGAUGCAAUGGUUGAUGCUGUUGUUGAAUUUGUGAAGAAAAAUAAACCAACGAAUGUAAAGCUGGUGAAGUUCCUCAUAUUCCAGACGAGCAUGGUGGCAGAUUUUCAACAAAGCAUGAUCAAACGAUCGGGAGAAAAAUUGGAGGAGGAUAAAGGGUUUGUGGAAAAAAUGAAAAACAGGACAAAAGAAUUAUUUUUGGGGGAAUCUCCCAAAAAUGAAGAGUUGGUGAUGGUGGUUGAGGGAAUUGAACCAGUCGUGUUUCAGCUGUGUGGGGAGACCAAACAGGACUUGAAUAAAGCCAGGGAUAUCAUCGACAACUUGAUAUUAAGAGAGUUUCAAAACAUUACAAUCCGUGAUCCGGCUAUUGGUCAUUUCACCAAAGAGGAUGCAGAAAUGCUGAGCGCAAUGCAGAGAGAGCUUGCCGUGAGCAUCAAACUUGAGAGGAGAGAACAAGACUCGGCUAUCACAUUGGAGGGACUGACGAAAGAUGUCCACACUGCUGAGAGUCGCAUUCGGGACAUGAUCCGUAAGGUGGAAAGGAAUGAAAACAGAAGGCAUGAGGCAUUUCUCAUCAGCAGCGUGGUUGAGUGGAAAUAUCUGGCGAGUGGGCAGAACCUGAAAAGCUUUGAUAUGCUGACCAAUUAUGACCUGGAAAAAGCCUUACAGAGCAAAAACAACUCUGUGAAAAUAAAAAUUGAUAAUGAAGAAUACACGGUCGAUUUAGUUCAACUUCAGGCCACAAGGGGGAGUAGGCGGAUUGAAUUACAAAGAGUAGAUUUUUCAGCUGCUCAAUAUUCUUUACCUUCACACUGGGAGGAUAUGAAGGGACAACCAGUAGUUCUGGUAAAGCUCACAGCAGGCUCCACAGAAUAUACAAAAGUAGAGAAAGAGUUCAGGAGAACUGGACUGACUUCUAACAUAAUUCAAAUUGAAAGAAUGCAGAACAGCACACUUUGGAAAAACUACAUGAUCAAAAAGGAAGAUCUGGAAGCAAAGAACAAGCAUAAAAACAACGAGAAGCUCCUCUUUCACGGCACUGGCCCUGAUAGUACUGAUCAAAUCAAUCAUCAUGGCUUCAAUCGAAGCUACGCUGGGGCACAUGGAGCCCUGUAUGGGAAUGGUACAUAUUUUGCUGUGGACCCAAGUUACUCAGCCCGAGGUUACUCUCAACCUGACGCCAUUGGACACAAACGCAUGUACCUGGCCAGGGUGCUUGUUGGCAACUUUACUCAAGGAAAAGCAGGCAUGCUUGUUCCUCCUGCGAAGAGCUCCAACAGUGCUGAUCUCUAUAACAGUGUGACCGAUGACACAAACAACCCUACCUUGUUUGUCAUUUUCAAUGACGUACAGGCUUAUCCAGAAUACCUUAUCACAUUCCAGUAUAUAGACAUUGCCAGUCAUUCCUUAUCACUGUUUAGAAGUGUCAUGAUGGAUGGAUAUACGUAUCCUAUCGUUGUGGAGGGGAACUGGAAGCCUGAACUUACAAAAAGUUUAAAAAACAAACUCCAUAUUUAUUUUCUAAGUAAGAAGAAAUCUCAGGGAGGAGACUGCGUCGUAGAAAUCAAUGAGAAGAGCAGCACUGCUACGGUUCAGUUUAAAUCAUCGGAGACCCGAGAUGACGUCCUCUCCAAAGCGGAUCACGUAAUAAAUGUCGACAAUGUCGAUAUCAAGUUAAAACUGAGCAAACCCAGCAAUGCAUGGAAAGAGCCAGACAGCAGCAUACAGCUGAAAGAGCAAUCAUCUGGAUAUCAAGAACCCAUUCCAAGUGCACCUCCAGCCAGAAGUGAUCUGGAUCUGAAGACCCUUGAAGAGUCAUUUGCUGUACUUCUGGAAAAUGUUGUAGAUGACACUACAAAAAAUAUUUUGUCUCUUUUGGUGGAGUCUGUCAGUGGUCUUUCUGAAAAGGACUUUACCAUGGAAUUAAUACUAGAAUUAAACACAGCAGUCGUGACCUUUAAAACCCCCAUUGCAGGAAAGUUUCUCGAGGAGAGUAAGACACACAGAAAAUUCAAGGACUAUGGUUUGAAGGCCCGUGCCAUGGAGAGGAGCACAUGUAUAAGGGUGGAGAAUCUUCCAUCUGAUGCCAAUAAGAUGCUGCUGGAGUUGUAUUUUGAAAAAUGGGGUGGUCCGGUACAAGAAAUCAUUGAAUUUCCAAAAGAGCAAGCAGCCAUUAUAACAUUUAAGAAUGUAGAAGACAAGGAAAAGGUGUUGAAGAUAGGGCAUACCAUCUGUAAUGUUCCAGUCAAGAUUCACCCCUACUAUAAAUCCUUGGGUACAGCACUGUAUGGGAGCAACAGACCAACAUGGAAGCUACCCGUUCCUUUCACAGUCAGUCUACAUCCAGCCAUCUGGAAGUUCCUGCUCAUGAAAAAGCUUGUUUCUUUUAUCAGUAAUAAGAUGAGCUCACAUUUCUGCAAAAUAAACAUAGACAAACCUAAAGUUCUGCUCAGUCCUGAUCCAGCAUUGCUGAAACAGAAAGGUUUAACCAGAAAAUAUGUUGAUGGCUGGAGAAAGAAUGCAUCAGAUGCCUUCGAAGAGAUUGUAUCUAAGUAUACAACAUUUGAGUUGCCAGUAUUGUACCCAUUGUGGACCAAAGUGAAGGAUAAUAUAAAGGAUGUUGUGAAAGAUCUGGUUUUUACAGAUAUUAAUAAAGGGGUCCUAACAGUGGCAGGUCUGGCCCAUGAUGUAAAUGACCUGAGACCCCUCCUGGAGAAAAUAAUAGAGCGAGCAUCAGCUGAAAUGGAGAGAGAGAGGAGCAGUGUCACAGAACACAUGGAGAUGACACCUGGCAUGUACUCCCUGCUUCUACAAGACGGUCUGCAAACCGCUACAGCUGCUUCUCCACAACUGCGCCUUAAUUACAACAAAAAAAUGAACAAAUUACAUUUAUCAGGUGUUCAAACUGAAAUUCUCGCCUUCAAGAAUUGGGUCCUUGAGAAGAAAUUAAAUAUGAAACAGGCGCCUUUAAAGAUUGAUCAUUCAUUGCUGGAGUUCUUGAGAUCGGUGGAUUGUGGUGAGAUGUCCAAAGACCUGUUUGUGUCUCAUGGAAUAAAAGCUGUAUACACGGUAGAAAAUGGAGAUUUUGUUUUGAUUGGAAGCACAGACAGAGCACUUUCUGAGGCACAGGAGAGGUUGAAUGUGGUUCUUAAGUCUAAAGACAUCACUGUAGAAGAUCGGGGUGUGAUGGCAUUACCACAGUGGCAUGAUCUCUUUAAACAACUGCAAAGUUUGUACAGCACAUCCAAAAAGAGGACAGUGUUGAUUAACACAACACAAAGAGACAGAAUAAUAGUGUCUGGAUUUAAGGAACCAGUGUUGGAGAUCAGCCAGACAUUAGGAGACUUCAUUAAGAAACACACUAGAGUUGAAGAUGCUGUCCUCGUGAAGUCACAUGCAGUGGUUGAAUUCAUUAAACAGCGAAAAUCACAGGACUGUCUGCAUUUUCUAAAGUCUUAUAAUGUGAUGGUGCAUUUCGAUUCAAAGAGACCCCGGAUCAAAGUCUCUGGGGAGCGAAUGUUGGUUCCAGAAGGUAUACAGUUCUUUAAAAAGAUGGCAGAUGCUCUUCACGCUGACACACUGAUCAUUAAAAAGGCAGGAGCAAAGAAAUACUUCAAGGAAGGUGGUCAACUAAUGUUGUCAUUGCUCAUGAAGGAAAACAGAUUUGUGGUUGUGCUCCAGGAAAAUCCCAUGAUGGAAGAUGAGGAGGAGAAUUACAAUAAAGGUAGUUUUGAAGAUUUUGUGGGGUCCUGUGAGGUUCAGACUCCAGGUGGAGUAACCAUUAUAGUCAGAAAGGCAGACAUUUGCACGCUAAAAGUUGAUGCUGUGGUGAACGCAGCUAAUGAAGAUCUGCAGCACAUUGGUGGAUUAGCCCUGGCGCUUCUUCAAGCUGCUGGACCAGAUCUGCAGGACUGCUGUAACCGUUACAUUAAAAUGAAUGGACCUCUGCGGCCCGGGGAUGCCAUCAUCACUGAGGCUGGACGUCUUCCCUGUAAAUAUGUAGUGCAUGCUGUUGGACCUCGAUAUAACAGGUCAGACAGACCUGGUGUAAUGCAACGUUUAAGAAGUGCUGUGAGGGAAAGUUUAAAGCAGGCGUCAGGCAAACGCUGCUCUUCCAUUGCAAUUCCUGUUAUCAGCUCAGGGAUAUUUGGCUGUCCUCUUAUACUAUGUACAGAAACAAUUGCCAGGGAGGUGCGGGAGUUCAUUAAUGAUCAGUACCACAGUGGCCCACAAAAUAAACUCACUGAGAUUCACUUGGUUGACAGUAAUGGCACCACUGUGAAUGCCAUGGCUCAAGCUGUGGGAAAGUACUUUGCUGAUUUUAUCCCCAAAAUGAAUGUCCCUUAUCAAAACAAGCCCAAUGGCCGUGGCAGUUAUGUACACAGAGGAAGAGGCAAUCGUGGUCGUGGCCGAGGAUAUCACGGACGAAGAGGCCAAGAAGUUGGAAAGCACAAUUAUGAGCAAACAAACCAUGGUAGAGACUUUGAAAGACAACCACAAUGGAAAGAAGAAACCAACUUUUCUGGUGGCAGAUCAGAGUCAUUUGAUGGGUCAAGUGUUCUUGAAACCAAAACUACACAAGGUGGACUACACCUCAUUUUGAGCAAAGGGAACAUCCAGGAUGCAAAGACUGAUGUCAUUGUAAACACUGUAUCAGAAGACCUGGACCUCAGUAAAGGUGCCAUUUCCAAGGCACUCCUUCAGGCUGCCGGUCAUCAACUCCAAACAGAGGUCACUACAGCGGUUCAUGCAAGCAGGCUGAAUUAUGGAAAGAUGGUCAUUACAGAUGGGCAUAACCUGAAAUGUAAAAGAGUCUUUCAUGUAGUUUGCCCAUUUUGGACUGGUGGUCAAGCCUCAGAAGAUAGGGUACUCGGUCAGAUCAUUAGAGAUUGUCUGAAAGAAGCAGAAACUCUGCAGAUGACUUCAGUCUCCUUCCCAGCUAUUGGUACUGGAAAUCUUGGCUUUCCUAAGGAUGUGGUGGCCAGGAUCAUACUGAGCGAAGUCCAGGAAUUCACCCCUCAAAACCUCAAAGAAAUAACUGUGAUUGUGCACCCAUCUGACAAACAAAGUUUAGAUUGCUUUACCAGAAUCUUCAGACUUGAAAUUCAGAGUCCCCUCACAAAAGGAGCACAUCACCGUAUUAUGCCUAAAAUAGAACCAUUUGAUAAGUCGGCACAAGUGCCUGAGCUUUUUGGCAAGGUCUCCACUCCCUCUCAUGGGGUGAUCACUAUGAAGAUAGGUGAAGUGACUCUGGAGAUUUCAUCAGGAGACAUAACUAAAGAAAAAACUGAUGCAAUUGUCAACUCCUCAAAUCACACAUUUUCUUUGAAAACAGGUGUGUCAAAGGCAAUUUUAGAUGCUGCUGGAUUACAAGUAGAACAGGAAUGUUUACAGAUUGUUGCGAGUGGUGCACCAAAUUUACAGCAAACAGAGAUUGUGACCUCAGCUGGGCAACUACCAUGCGGAAAAAUCAUCCAUAUCAUUGGUUGUAAUACACCUUCCCUAAUUAAAGAUGUUGUUUUGUCUGUUCUGAAGAUAUGUGAGGCAAACCAACUGUCCUCUGUCGCCUUUCCAGCACUUGGAACUGGUCAGGGUGGAGCAAAACCAGCUGAUGUUGCAGAUGCAAUGGUUGUUGCGGUUGUUGAAUUUGUAAAGAAAAAUCAACCAACGAAUGUAAAGCUGGUGAAGUUCCUCAUAUUCCAGACGAGCAUGGUGGCAGAUUUUCAACAAAGCAUGCUCAAUCAAUCGGGAGAAAAAUUGGAGGAGGACAAAGGCUUUAUGGACCAUCAUAAAAACUGGACAAAAGAAUUAUUUUUGGGAGAAUCUCCCAAAAAUGAAGAGUUGGUGAUGGUGGUUGAAGGAAUUGAACCAGUCGUGUUUCAGCUGUGUGGGGAGACCAAACAGGACUUGAAUAAAGCCAGGGAUAUGGUCAACAACUUGAUAUCAAGAGAGUUUCAAAACAUUACAAUCCGUGAUCCGGCUAUUGGUCAUUUCACUAAAGAGGAUGCAGAAAUGCUGAGUGCAAUGCAGAGAGAGCUUGACGUGACCAUCAAACUUGAGAGGAAAGAACAAGACUCGGCUAUCACAUUGGAGGGACUGACGAAAGAUGUCCACACUGCUGAGAGUCGCAUUCGGGACAUGAUCCGUAUGGUGGAAAGGAAUGAAAACAAAAGGCGUGAGGCGUUUUUCGUCAGCAGCAAGGUUGAGUGGAAAUAUCUGGCGAGUGGGCAGAACCUAAAAAGCUUUGAUAUGCUGACCAAUUAUGAGCUGGAAAAAGCCUUUCAGAACAAAAACACCUCUGUGAAAAUCAAAAUUGAUAAUGAUGAAUACACGGCCGAUUUAGUUCGUCUACAGGCCACAAGAGGGAGUAAGCAGAUUGAAUUACAAAGAGUAGAUUUGUCAGCUGCUCAAUAUUCUUUACCUUCACACUGGGAGGACAUGAAGGGACAGCCGGUAGUUCUGGUAAAACUCACAGCAGGCUCCACAGAAUAUGCAGAGGUGGAGAAAGAGUUCAGGAGAACUGGACUGACUUCUAACGUCAUUCAAAUUGAAAGAAUGCAGAACAGCACACUUUGGAAAAACUACAUGAUCAAAAAGGAAGAACUGGAAAUUAAAAACAAGCAUAAAAACAACGAGAAGCUCCUCUUCCACGGCACUGCUCCUGAUAGUACUGAUCAAAUCAAUCAUCAUGGUUUCAAUCGAAGCUAUGCUGGGAUGAAUGGAGCCAUGUAUGGGAAUGGUACAUAUUUUGCUGUGGACCCAAGUUACUCAGCCCGAAGUUACUCUCAACCUGACGCCAGUGGACACAAACCCAUGUACCUGGCCAAGGUGCUUGUUGGCGACUUUACUCAAGGAAAAGCAGGCAUGCUUGUUCCUCCUGCAAAGAGCUCCAUAAGUGCUGAUCUCUAUAACAGUGUGACAGAUGACACAAACAACCCUUCCAUGUUUGUCGUUUUCAAUGACGUACAGGCUUACCCAGAAUACCUCAUCACAUUCCAGUAUGUGCACAUGUGUAACCGGUCUGACCACCUUAUUAUAACACCGACACCUGAUAAAUGUUACAAUGUAGUCUCGCAGCAGAGCCACAAGUGUCAUUACGAGUGCCAAAAUGAAAGUGAAAAUAAGCUGGAGGGAGUGAUAACACUAUUUACAUCGACUUGCCGGUCAUUUUCCUACAAUUCAGAAAGGGUUAGGAUGGAUGGAUAUCCUUAUCCGAUCGUUGUGGUGGGAGACUGGAAUCGUGAACAUGCAAAAACUUUAAAAAAUAAACUCCAGAUUUACUUUCAAAGUAAGAAGAAAUCUCAGGGAGGAGACUGCGUCGUAGAAGUCGAUCAAAACAGCAGAAUUACAGUUCGGUUUAAAUCAUGGGAAAUUCGAGAUGAUGUCCUCUCCAAAACGGAUCAUGUGAUUACAUUUGACAAAGACCAUGUGAAUUUAAAAGUGAGCAAAAGUGAUCCACCGAAAGAACCUGACAGAACCCCACAGCUGGAGCAGGCAUCUGGAUCUCAAGAACCUAUACAAAGUGCCCUUCCAACUGGAAGUGAUCCAGAUGUGAAGAACCAGCAAGAGUCAUAUGCUGUAGUUUUGGAGAAUGUUGCAGAUGACUUCACAAAAGAUGUUUUGUCUCUUUUGGUGGAGAAUGUCAGUGGACUCUUGGAAAAGGACUUUAGCAUGGAACUAAUACCAGAAUUAAAGACAGCAGUUGUGACCUUUAAUAUCCCCAGUGUUACAGGAAAAUUUCUUGAGGAAAGUAAAACACACAGGAAGUUCAAGGACUAUGGUCUGAAGGCCCGUGCCCUGGAGAGGAGCACAUGUGUAAGGGUGGAGAAUCUUCCAUCUGACAUCAAUAAGAUGUUGCUGGAGUUGUAUUUUGAAAAAUGGGGUGGUCCGGUAGAAGAAACCAUCACAUUGCCAAUGGAGCAAGCGGCCAUUAUAACAUUUAAAAAUGAAGAAGAUACGGAAAAGGUAUUGAAGAAAACGCAUAUCAUCCGUGAUGUUUCAGUCAAGAUCCACCCCUACUAUAAAUCCCUAGGAACAGCCUUGUAUGGCAGCAACAGACCAACAUGGAAACUACCUGAACCAUUUAAAGUCAAUAUACAUCCUGCCAUCAGGGAGUUUCUCCUCAAGAAAAAGUUAAUUUCCUCUAUCAGUGAUAAGAUGAGCUCACAUUUCUGCCAAAUAAACAUAGACAAACCUGAAGUGCUGCUCAGUCCUGAUCCAGCAUUGCUAAAACAGAAAGGUUUAACCAGAAAACAUGUUGAUGGUUGGAGAAAGAAUGCCUCAGAGGCCUUUGAAAGCAUUAUAUCCAAAUAUAAAGCAUUUGAGUUGCCAGUAUUGUACCCCUUGUGGACCAAAGUAAAGAAUGAAAUAAAGGAAAUGGUGAAAGAUUUGGUUUUUACACAUAUGGAUUCAUCUAAAGGGGUCCUAACAGUGGCAGGUUUGGCUCAUGAUGUAACUGACCUGAGACCACUCCUGGAGAAAAUGUUAGAGCGAGCAUCAGCUGAAAUAGAGAGAGAGAAGAAUAGUGUAACAGAAGACAUGGAGAUGACACCUGGCAUGUACUCCCUGCUUCUACAAGAUGGUCUGCAAACUGCUACAGCUGCUUCUCCACAACUGUGCCUCGAAUACAACAAGAAAAUAAACAAAUUAAAAUUAUCAGGUGUUAAAACUGAAAUUCUCCUCUUCAAGAAUUGGGUCCUUGAAAAGAAAUUAAUUAUGAAACAGACACCUUUAAAGAUUAAUCGUUCAUUAGUGGAAUUUUUGAGAUUGGUGGAUUGUGAUGAGAUAUCCAAAGACCUGUUUGUGUCGCAUGGAAUAAAUGCUGUAUACACGGAAGAAAAUGGAGAUCUUGUUUUAAUUGGAAGCACAGACCGAGCACUUUCUGAGGCACAGGAGAGGUUGAAUGUGGUUCUUCAAACUAAAGAUGUCAUUGUAGAAGAUCAGGGUGUGAUGGCAUUGCCACAGUGGCAUGAUCUCUUUAAACAAGUGCAAAGUUUGCACAGCACAUCCAAAAAGAAGACAGUGUUUAUAAACACAACACAAAGAGACAGAGUAAUAGUGUCUGGAUUUAAGGGACCAGUGUUGGAGAUCAGCCAGACAUUAGGAGACUUCAUUGAGAAACACACUAGAAUUGAAGAUGUUGUCCGUGUGAAGUCACAUGCAGGGCUUGAAUUCAUAAAAGAGAGAAAAUCACAGGACUGGAAACAUUUUCUUGAGUCUGAUAAGUUGAUGGUGCAUUUCGAUUUAAAGAGACCCCGGAUCAAAGUCUCUGGAGAGCGAAUGUUUGUCCAGGAAGCUAUGACCUUUUUUAAAAAGAUGUCAGAUGCUCUUUACACUGACACACUGAUCAUUAAAAAGGCAGGAGCAAAGAAAUACUUCAAGGAGGAAGGUCAACUAAUGCUGUCAAUGUUACUGAGGGAAAGUGGAUUUGUGGUUGUGCUCCAGGAAGAUCACAUGCUGGAAGAGGAGGAGGAGGAUUACAAUAGUAAAGGUAGUUUUGAAGAUUUUGUGGGGUCCUGUGAGGUUCAGACUCCAAGUGGAGUAACCAUUAUAGUCAGAAAGGCAGACAUUUGCAGGCUAAAAGUUGAUGCUGUGGUGAACGCAGCUAAUGAAGAUCUGCAGCACAUUGGUGGAUUAGCCCUGGCGCUUCUUCAAGCUGCUGGACCAGAUCUGCAGGACUGCUGUAACAGGUACAUUAAAAUGAAUGGACCUCUGCAGCCCGGAGAGGCCAUCAUCACUGAGGCUGGUCGUCUUCCCUGUAAAUAUGUAGUGCAUGCUGUUGGACCUCGAUACAGCAGUUCAGACAGACAUGGUGUAGUGCAACGUUUAAGAAGUGCUGUGAGGGAAAGUUUAAAGCAGGCUUUAGGCAAACACUGCUCUUCCAUUGCAAUUCCUGUUAUCAGCUCAGGGAUAUUUGGCUGUCCACUGGAACUAUGCACAGAAACAAUUGCCAGGGAGGUCUGGGAAUUCAUUGAAAAUCAAAACCGUAGUGGUUUGUGGCACAAACUUACUGAGAUUCACUUGGUUGAUAAUAAUGACAGCACUGUGAAUGCAAUGACUCAAGCCGUCAGGAAGCACUUUGCUGAUUUCAGCCCCAAAAUGAAUGUCCUCCACCACAGUAAGCCCAGUGUCCAUUACAGCUCUGGAGACAGGUCAGGAAGUGGUCAUGGCAAUAGAAACUUUGAAAGACAAGCACAUUGGAGAGAAGAAAUCAACUCUUUUGGUGGCAGAUCAGAAUCGUUUGAUGUGUCAAGUGUUCUUGAGACCAAAACUACACAAGGUGGACUAAAACUCAUUCUGAGCAAAGGGAACAUCCAGGAUGCAAAGACUGAUGUCAUUGUAAACACUAUAUCAGAAGACCUGGACCUCAGAAAAGGUGCCAUUUCCAAUGCGCUCCUUCAGGCUGCCGGUCAUCAACUCCAAAAAGAGGUCACUACAGCUGUUCCUGCAAGCAGGCUGAAUUAUGGAGAGAUGGUCAUCACAGAUGGGUAUAACCUGAUAUGUGCAAAAGUCUUCCAUGUAGUUUGCCCGUAUUGGAGAGGUUCAGAAGACAGGGUACUCGGUCAGAUCAUUAGAGAUUGUCUGAAAGAAGCAGAUGCUCUGCAGAUGGCUUCAGUCUCCUUCCCAGCUAUUGGUACUGGAAAUCUUGGCUUUCCCAAGGAUCUGGUGGCCAGGAUCAUACUGAUCGAAGUCCAGAAAUUCACCCCUAAAAACCUCAGAGAAAUAACUGUGAUUGUGCACCCAUCUGACAAACAAAGUUUAGAUUGCUUUACCAGUACAUUCAGAGAUCGGAUUCAGAGUCCCAUCACAAAAGGAGCACAUCAACACUUAAUCCCUAAAGUAAAACCUUUUGACAAGUCAACACAGAUGUCUGGGCUCCUUGGCAAGGUCUCCACUCCCUCUCUUGGGGUGAUCACUAUGCAAGUGGGUCAAGUGAUGCUGGAGGUUUCAUCAGGAGACAUAACUAAAGAAAAAACAAAUGCCAUUGUCAACUCCUCAAAUCAGACAUUUUCUUUGAAAACAGGAGUAUCAAAGGCAAUUUUAGAUGCUGCUGGAUUACAAGUCGAACAGGAAUGUUUACAGAUUGCUGCAACAAAUAACCAGCAAACAGAGAUUGUGACUUCAGCUGGGCAGCUCCCAUGUGGAAACAUUAUCCAUAUUAUUGGACGUAAUAAACCAUCUGAAAUAAAAGAUGUUGUGUUAUCUGUUCUUAAGAUAUGUGAUGCAAACCAACUGUCCUCUGUAGCCUUCCCCGCUCUUGGCACAGGUCAGGGUGGAGCAAACCCAGCAGUUGUUGCAGAUGCAAUGGUUGAUGCGGUUGUUGACUUUGUGAAGAAAAAUAAAACGGCAAAUGUGAAGCUUGUAAAGUUCCUCAUAUUCCAGACGAACAUGGUGGCAGACUUCAAACAAAGCAUGCUCAAACGAUCGGGUGAAAAAGUGGAUGAGGAAAAAGGCAUUGUGGAGAGGUUUAAAAGCUGGACGAAAGAAACUUUUGGGUGGGGCAAUUCAGAAUCUACUAGAAAUGAAGAGUUUGUAAUAGUGGUUGAGGACAUUGAACCAGCCGUUAUUCAGCUUUGUGGAGAAACGCCACAUGACUUAAAUAAAGCCAGGGACAUGAUCAACAGCCUGAUAAUAAAGGAGCACAUGAACAUUCCAAUCCAUGAUCCGGCCAUUGGUCAUUUCACCAGAGAGGAUGCAGAAAUGCUGAACGCAAUGCAGAGAGAGCUCACAGUAAGCAUCAAGCUUGAGAGAAAAGACCAAGACCCUGUCAUCAGAUUGGAGGGACUGACGAAAGAUGUCCACAUUGCUGAGAGUCGCAUUCGGGACAUGAUCCGUAAGGUGGAAAGGAUUGAAAACAGAAGACGUGAAGCAUUUAUGGUCAACAGCUUGGUUGAGUGGAAAUAUCUGGCGAGUGGGCAGAACAUGAAAAGCUUUGACAUUUUCACCAAUUUUGACCUGGAAAAAGCCUUACAGAGCAAAAACACUUCAGUGAAAAUCAAAAUUGAUAAUGAGGAAUACACAGUCGAUUUAGUUCGUCUACAGGCCACAAGAGGGAAUAAGCAGAUUGAAUUACAAAGAGUAGAUUUGUCAGACCGUCAAUAUGCUUUGCCUUCAAACUGGGAUGACAUGAAGGGAAAGUCAGUUAUUCUGGUAAAUCUCACAUCAACUUCAAAUGAAUAUGCAGAUGUGGAGAAAGAGUUCAGAAGAACCGGCUUGACCUUUAACAUAAUUCAGAUUGAACGAGUACAAAACAGCACACUUUGGAAAAACUACAUGAUCAAAAAGGAAGAUCUGGAAGCAAAGAACAAGCAUAAAAACAACGAGAAGCUCCUCUUCCACGGCACUGCUCCUGAUAAGAUUGAUCACAUUAACCAUCAUGGCUUUAAUCGAAGCUUCGCUGGGAUGAAUGGAGCCAUGUAUGGGAAUGGUACAUAUUUUGCUGUGGACCCAAGUUACUCAGCCCAAGGCUACUCUAAACCUGACGCCAGUGGACACAAACGCAUGUACCUGGCCAAGGUGCUUGUUGGCGACUUUACUCAAGGAAAAGCAGGCAUGCUUGUUCCUCCUGCAAAGAGCUCCAUAAGUGCUGAUCUCUAUAACAGUGUGACUGAUAACACAAACAACCCUACCAUGUUUGUCAUUUUCAAUGACGUACAGGCUUACCCAGAAUACCUCAUCACAUUCCAGUAGGGAUUUAGAGUAUCACUGAAUAUUUCUUUUAUUGUACUGAUUAGAAAAAUAGUAAACACUGAGAAAUGCAUGUGUUAUAUACUAACAAAGUUAGUUUGGGAAAAUAAUAACAAUGAAGGCUGUGGCAACUUGCUUAUACAAAUACUGAAAUAUAAUCCUGAGAAAAGUUUUCUAGCUGCUAUAGAAGGUUUCAUUGGACGCACAUGUGGUGACGCAAUUACAUGUCUGAGGGGAACUUUACUUCUGGUUUCUGUUUGUUUAAUGGUCUGACUAGUUGCUAAUUUGAACUCUUGAACAAAUACCUCAUUGAAAAUAACAAAUGUUUUGGUUUCCUAAUCUACAUGUAGUUUUUUGCUUGUUAUAUAAAUAAACUAC